GUUUCUGCUUUUGCCUGAGUGGAUUUCGAAGAUGUGACAUUCACAAGAGAGUGAGAAAUAUUGCUCCUUCAAACUCCCCCUUCCUCUUCUUCCUGGCCAAUCUGCCUUGAAGGUCGCAAGUUGACCUAUACUGCCUGUCAAAAUGGUCGAGAAAAUCUACGUGACUUACAACGAGAUCCACAAGCUAUGCCAGAACGCGGCACCAAAGAUUCUUGAGGAAUUUCAGCCAAAUCUCAUGAUCGCAAUUGGUGGUGGUGGAUAUGUUCCUGCCAGAAUUCUAAGAUCAUUUCUCAAACGUCCUGGUUCUCCAAACAUCCCCAUCCAAGCCAUCGGCCUCUCCCUCUACGAACAACUGUCUGGGUCAGAUCCCGUCGAGGCUCCUGGCACAAAGGUCACACGAACACAAUGGCUUGAUCUGUCCUCCCUCGAGAUGUCCAAUCUGAUCGGCAAGAGCAUUUUGAUCGUAGACGAAGUUGACGAUACCCGCACCACACUGGAGUACGCAGUCAAAGAACUGGAAAAGGAUGUCGAGAUGGCCAGACAACAGCAUGGCAGAUCGGAGAAGACCAAAUUCUCCAUUUUCGUGCUGCACAACAAGGACAAGGUCAAGAAAGGACAGCUUCCGGAGGAGAUGGUAAAUGAAAAUCGGUAUCUUGCGGCAGUCACUGUGCCUGAUGUUUGGAUAUGCUAUCCUUGGGAGGCGACCGACAUUGACGAACAUGACCAACUGGCCGCGAAGGUCGGAAAUGGCACCGAAUAGAUUGGGCCAAGUAUCCUUUCUGUCAUGUUACUAGAUGCAAACAUGACAUAGACAUAGCACCUCACUGAGCAAGACGUGUUUAGUCUGGCAACAGGUGUGCACUCCCCAUCCACGGCUCCCAGUCUUGCUUAGUCCCAGCGCACUUUUCUC